AUGCACCCAACAGUAUCUAUUUCUUUGCGCAAUGCAGCCCGGGCACCGCUGAGGCGGAAAACCUGUGAGGCAAUUUCUUCUGCUGUCACCUUGCAGAGUCGGGCACGGGUUUCGUACCACCAGAUUCGUGAACAAUCGAAUAAAUCCGGGCCGGGACAGUUCCAUGGACAGGUAUGGGAGUCUACGGCGAAACGUAUUCAAGCCGAACGGGCGGAGAUGGAACGGUAUUGGAAAGAGAGGCAGGAGAAACGGAACCGUGAGGGCGACGGGUACUUCUCGAAUACGUUGCCUCAAAUGUUUGCAUGGGUAUUAUCGGCAGUGUGUGCCUAUUGGCUCGGAACAUACAGAUGGGGACCAGCAAAACCUUCGUCGACCACCAAGUUGGAAGACGUUCCCGAAAUAUACCACGAUAUCUCAAAACAUAACCUAAGCGCUGCGUGGUCCCAGUUUGUGCUCCUCCUCGGCGAAGAAAACGUAUCGUGCAACCUUGACGACCUUGAGCACCAUGCUGGAAGUAGUUGGUCUUCACAUCCUGCAAAUCCGAACGACCUACCAUUCAUGGUUUUGUACCCGUCAACCACGGAACAAGUCUCUGAGAUAGCGAAAAUAUGCAGUCACCGCAAGAUCCCUAUUACUGCAUUUUCUGGGGGUACUAGCUUGGAAGGGCACUUUGCAGCGACGAGGAGUGGUGUUUGUGUCGAUUUCACACACAUGAACAAGGUUCUACAGCUACACAAGGACGACCUAGAUGUCGUUGUCCAACCAGGCCUCGGCUGGGAAGAUCUGAAUGAAAUGCUGGCAGAACACAACCUGUUUUUCCCGCCUGACCCAGGCCCGGGUGCUAUGAUUGGGGGCAUGGUGGGAACCGGGUGUUCUGGGACAAAUGCGGCAAAAUACGGCACAAUGAGGGAAUGGGUGCUCAGCCUUAUGGUUGUUCUCGCUGACGGCACAAUCAUAAAGACGCGACAGCGACCAAGAAAAUCCUCCGCAGGGUAUGACUUGACCAAGUUGUUUGUCGGGUCCGAAGGUACUCUCGGAUUGGUUACCGAAGCGACCUUGAAGCUAGCCGUCAAGCCGCAGAACGAGAGCGUUGCUGUCUGUGCUUUCCCUUCAAUAAGGGACGCGGCUGCUGCUGCGUCAAAGGUUAUUGGUCAAGGAAUCCCCGUCGCAGCUGUUGAGAUCCUGGACGAAGUACAGAUGAUGUGCAUAAAUCAGAGCAAAUCAACAGCUCGGGCGUGGAGGGAGAAGCCAACACUAUUCUUCAAGUUUGCAGGAACAAAGAAUGGGGUCAGAGAGCAGAUCUCUAUGGUCCAAGCUAUCGCUAAAUCGUGCCAAUCCGAAUCCUUUGAGUUCGCAACGUCGGAGGAGGAAAGGCUUGAGCUGUGGUCCGCAAGGAAAAAUGCACUCUGGUCGGUAAUGUCGUUGAAGCAAAAGCCCGAUGACCAAGUCUGGACUACGGAUGUCGCAGUUCCAAUAUCGAAGCUUCCAGACAUCAUUGAAGCAACAAAAAACGACAUGACUAAGAACAAUCUUCUUGGCUCGAUGGUUGGGCAUGUUGGCGACGGAAAUUUCCACUGUAUUUUACUCUUUGGGCAAGAGGACAGGAGAAAGGCAGAGGGUGUGGUCCACAGGAUGGUUGAGAGAGCGAUUGCCAUGGAGGGUACUACGACAGGAGAACAUGGAGUUGGGCUUGUAAAGAGGGAUUAUCUCCCUAAAGAGCUUGGGCCGACAACUGUGAAUGCCAUGAGAAAGAUGAAACUGGCAUUCGAUCCUAUGUGCAUUCUCAACUGCGAUAAGAUCAUUAGGAUGGACCCUCAAACAGUUGAAAAGGAUAGGUGGAAGAGGAACAAGCCCGCACAGCACAACCCAUUAGUAAAGGAGGAGGAAGCGUAG